CUCUUGCUCAGUGGUAUGUCUUGUUAUUUUGUCUCUAAGAUGGAUAUUGAUAAUAGAAAUCUACAAUCUUCAAGCUUUAUCAAGAGAGUAACUGUUUACAGAGCGAUAAACGGGCUUAGUUUAGGAACAAAUGUUAUAGCUACAGGACUCUGUUUUGUCCCCAUCUUCUGGAUCAUACUGAUUUGUACCGGCGAUAAGGAUAACACGUGUGCUCUUGAGGGAAACCUGAAGUGGGACAUUGUAGCAUUUAUACUCUCCAUCAUUAUGUUUAUCUCUAACAUUGUUGGUUUUGUUUUAUCGUGUAUAAUUGUUAAAGCAUUGCAAUUUGAUGGAGAAGGAAAUCCACACGAGAGGAAAAAUAACACUCUAAAAAUUGUAAUUUCGCCUCAGCAGAACAUUAAUAGACCACGUGAUUUAGAUCCGUCCCAACAGAUCACACUGUGGUUUCAUUAAUAUUUGUGCGCAUCAAUUUUCGUGGAUUAAAAAAAAUUGCAGUUUCGAGGAUACUUUAAUGUAGUCAACGUUUGAAAGUUUAUGGUCGAAAUAAUGACCUUGUCAGAAAUACAUUGAUUAAGGAGGAAAGGGGCGUCAAUUUUUUAUUUUAUAGAUCUCUAAGCCAUCCUUUUUUAAACAUUGAAAGACCAAUAUUAGCUGUUCAUUAUUUUACAUGAUUUUUUUUUUUUGUAUUUUUUCAA